AAGACUCGUUGUCACCGAAAUACCGCCAUUUUUCCGUCUCUCCACAAUAAAACCCGCCAUCAGAUCUCUACUUCACUCUCAGUCUCAGAACUCGAGCACAGAGAGGGAGAAAAAGCGAGAGAGAAAGAGAGAGCUUUGCGGAAGGCGUCGAUGGUGGAUCGGUUGCUUUUGCUGUCCAUUGCUUCUCCCAUUUGUGCCCUCUAGGCUCUAGCAGUUGUGGGUUUCACUUGGGGAGGAAGGCAGAGUGGGUGGUCGAGGCGGUGGGUGUUCUGAAGCUUCCGAGGAAGGGGUCGCCCACGGAGCUCGUUUUGGAGAGCGACGAGUUUCGGUGCUUCCUCUGGGGUCGCCGUUUCACCGUCUCCGUCUCUGGUAAACCAUCGACCAUCGGGGUGACAAAGGUCUUUCCUGUUGGAGCAUUUACUUCGACAAUGCGCGCCAGCUAGCAGAGAACCGCUGAAGCCAGCAAUGGAGGACGCUCUUGUUCAGUGAUGAAGUGGCAUUCCCUUCUAUAAAGCUGAACCCAUUUUCUCGACGAAUUUGGAAGUUGUCAAUUGUUUAGUGGGGUUAAUGGAAGAGACUCUUCCGGCGAUGGAUGUGGUAUUGGAUGUGGAAAACACUCUACCCUCUGAUAAGUGCUCAAGAAGCCCAAAAUUGAUUAGGGCGCUUUCUCGCAAGGGCUCCUGCCGUACGGAUCGACCGCCAACCGAGGAACAUGAGACAGAUGAACCCCUUUCCAGAGCCGCUGCAAAGUGUGUGCAAGGUGGAGCAGCGUCGCAGCUGGAUGCAUUCAAACAGCCAGUGGUGCCUAAUAAACCUCUCCUUCCUCUGACCUCAUCUGCCACCUGUACUUUAUCGGUUCCUGGAGACAACGAGGGGAGAUGCAAAAAAUUCAAUCGCCUCACUGCCAUGCACCCAAGAAAAAUCCUCCUCAUCUUCGCUACUCUGUCGAGCAUGGGAACGAUCAUCCUCAUAUAUUUCACCCUCUCAAUUCACAAGAGCGCUGGAGUUCAACAUGGUAAAUGAGCUACUAAGGCGGUGCUGGUGGGAAACGAUUGGGAAUCUGACGGAGUUGGGAGGCACCAUCACAUGGCCAUGGAGUUUAUUCGAGUCAAAUCAGAUCGCGUCUCAAGUCUCAACUGGAAGAGGAGAUGUUGAUGACGGCAACUCCCGACGCAGCUGGCUGAGCUCGGCCAAGCAUGGGCAUUGAGUAAUGCCUUCUUGGUUCCAAAUGUUAUCUCGUUCAAGCAGCCUCUUCAUUACGAAGCUGAAUAACAUUGUUGUGAAUAUUUAGAGUUUUUUGGGGAUUUCCUCUUCAGUGUUGCUUAAAAUCUGAAUCUGCAUCUAUGUCAUACUGCAAUUUUUUUGGCUGCAUUGUGAAAGCUCUAAUAAUUUUUA